AACUCAAUAAAAAAGUGGAACAACCUGUUAAGAAAACAACCUGUGAAUUACAAAACAGCAUUCACGCUAUAGACGUUCAAAUACGAGAAGCAAUCCAUGUUAAGAAUAGAUAUGCUGAUAUUCAAAAAUCCCUCAAAGAAGAUUCGGAUAAUUUCGAAAGUAAAAUAAGUAAGUUAGAGGAGGAAUUGAACACACAGGUGAAUGAUAUACAAAAGUUGCAAACGAUUAUGGAUGAAGCGACCCGUAUGCGUUGUAUAGCAAGAGGCAAUCUGCUCAAAGAAGAAAAAACUGUUAAUUGUGCUGCAGCUUCUAGGGAAAAGGAAGCAACGGAGGGUAGAAGAUUAGUCAAUGAACGAAAAACUGAACUUGAAAGGCUUGAGAAAAAGAUUUUUCAGAACGGUAAAAUUCCAUUACGGCCUGAACCAGAAGGAGCUGAGGACACAGUUCCUGAAAAUGACAAAUCGCCCACACCACCACAUCCUGUUGAAUCUAUGUCACAGGCUUUCGAAAUUUUGAAACACGCUACAGGUGGCACCAGUACUGAAGAUGUGUUGAAACGGUUUGAGUCCCAGAAAAAAACUGAACAGAGGCUAACAUUCCUGAGAAGUAAAGGUGAGGAAGAAAAAAGGAAAUUGGAAAAUAUACUGGAAAACCUAGGAAGGAAAUUGGAUUCCUUCAAAUAUGUUGAAGUCAAAGAUGCUGAAAGAAAAAGUGGAGAAAUGGAAGAGAUGAAAAAAGAAAUUGAGAAGAAUAGAGAACGUUCUGCAAUCUGUCGUGAAGAGAUGGCAAAAAAAUGUGAGGUACUAGAAUCCGUGAAAACUGGAUUGCAAAGCCUUUAUCUGUCUAUCAAUCCACUAGCUGUUCCUCAAAGCGACGGACUGAUUAUUCUCCAACAGAUCAAUGAGAAUCUGCUAUCCAUUUUCGAGAAAACAGGAGACGAAGAUAUUCUAAUUGGAACUGACGAAAAGGUACAAGGUAUUGAUUCGCUGGAAGAAAAAUGGUUGCCUGCACCUUACACUGGUUUGAUUAAAAAGACCCCUCUGCCACAACCAGGUACAUCACCAGCUCCACCACCACCACCAGGAUCUGAGGAUGAAGAAGAAGUACCUUCAAGAGGUUAUUUGAAACGACAAGCUCAACUUGUCGUUGACGCGAAAUCCAGAAGAAAGAAUGUGAGAAUCCAAAUACCAAAAAGGAAUUAAAAUGAUUAUUUAUCAUCAGUUGAUGUCGAGUAACAAUGUCUUCAAUUUAUAUCAGAUGCAGAUUAUUGGUUUAUUGAAAUUGUAAUAUGUUAACUGGAACUAAAUAUUCUAUUCAAUCAUGA